UAAUUUGAUUGAUGUUCGUCCGUCGUGUGCGCUCUCGUAGUAGGAAAAAAAAGUCAAGAAAUUUCGAGUGCAGCAUUUUGUGGAAAAUCGGUAACAGUUCAUUGCAAUUCUCGGGUAAAAAGUCGCUCAGCGUGUAGUUUAACUACGGAUGUUUGAAUUUGCAGUAGCGGAAAGUGAAGUUUUUCGGCUGAAAGUAGUGGAAAAUCAAAAUUUGCCUUCCAGUCAGUCAGUGUUGGGCUGCAACGACGAAGGUUGCCUUGGUGGUGCACCUAACCCAGAAAGAGAAAGAAAAAGCGUUUAGCGUUUUAUAGGGGAGCGUGACCCACCGUACCGUACCCAGCAAGACGUCAUCGACUAGCAGAUCCAUUCGUUUCUAUUGUACAUGGGCAUCGUAUAUUUUUUGAUUAGGCAACAAUAAAAAGUUGCAAUCGAAGAGGGAGAGCUAUUGCAGAAGCUACAACAGCAGCAGCAGCCGCUCUAGAGUAGCAAAACCGUUCGUUUGUUGUGUUAUUGGAUUUAGCAGCAGCAGCAGCACCAGCACCAGAAGGUAGCAACGAAAAGUGAACUCUGGCAGCUGAGAAAGUGUUGUAAUGUAUUCAGUGAAAUUUGUUUUUCUUCAUCAUUGCCGCAAUCGUGGAAGUUCACCUUGAGUAGCAGCUACAGCAGACGGGUUACUUUGAGUUCGGAUACUGUUUCGCUUAGCCGUAGAAGCCGUAGAUCACUUCCGGGUGUUGGGAAUAGUUGCUGAGUGUUUACGGAAGAAUGAUCGUGCAGGAACCUGUACAGGCCGCCAUAUGGCAUUGUCUGAAUCACUACGAUUAUCAGGAUGCGAUCUUUCUGGCGGAGAGAUUAUUUGCCGAAGUGGAAUCGGAGGAAAGCUUAUUCCUGCUGGCGACCUGCUAUUAUCGGGCUGGACAAAAGCACCAGGCUCACUGGCUCCUGUCGACGAAAGGUGUCCGCUCGACGCAGUGCCGGUUUUUGUUGUCCAAGUGUGCCUUCGACCUGAAACAAUACUCGGAAGCGGAGCACACAUUGAUCAAUGAUGACCACCUCCGGGCCCGGCACCUGGACGAGGUGGCGAAGGAGUUCGGAGAUAUUGGCUGCUUUGCGUUGGAACUGCUGUCAAAGAUUUGCCAGAAGACUGAGCGCUCCGGUUUGGCCAAUGAUGCCAGCCGGAAGGCAGUGAACCUGAAUCCAUUUUUGUGGCACUCGUUUGCUGACUUGUGCAACCGAGGCGAGAAGCCGGACCCAAAUGCGAUCUUUCAGGUCCCGAGUACCGAUGUGUUUGCAACCACACAGGCGGUCCAUCCAGGACUGAGUUCUUCGCUGGUAUGGUUUGGAAAUGCCGGAACGGGUGGAACUGGUGGUGGAGGUGGUGGGGGAGGAGGCGGGGGGUGUUUUGUAAAUCUUGAAGGUGUCGAGCCACAGCUGAUGACCGGUGGACCAUUUUCAACUCCCAUGGAUCAGGUUUCCCAGUGUCUGGUACAAGGUUUAAUCACCACACCAAAUAAUCCUCCACAACUGCAACAGUCUCAGCAGGGACAAAAUAAUAGCAUUAUAACUGGUAUGAGAAUGGGUGGGGGUAAUCUCAACGCGGACGAGCAGACGCCGGAUGUCGGAACGCCUUUCCGCAAGCAGCAGUUCAAGUAUCUGGCAGCUUUAAGCCCGACUACGCCUAGCUUCGGGGUUCUACCCAUUCUUAGCAGUCCCACAUUGAAUGAACAUUCGGCACUGAUAAUGACUCCUUCGCCACAACAACUUUCCUCGGCGACUGGUUUCCAGCAGCAGCAAGGCCCAAUACAACAGCAACAAGGCCAACAACAACAGCAGCAAAUUAUUUCUGAUUGUGAUCAGCAAAAAAUGGCGUUAAUCAGUAGUAAUAAAAAAAUGCGCGGGCAUCACAAUCUUGGCACGAUGGGAAACAUCAUCAACCGAAAGAAUGACACGGCGGCGACAACUAUGCUGCUGCAGCAACAGAGUACAAACACGAAACCGGCAGUGUUUAGCCAAACUGGUAAUCAGUUGACGACGCCGAGGACUCCAAACACGACUGGGGGUGCCUUGCAGGCGCAAAAUGUCCGUCGGAGUUCGCGGCUCUUCAGUAAUAAUAACUAUUCCGUCAAGGAAAAUACCAAAAGUCCGCAAUUGAACAACAAAUUCGUAGCACCGCGCUCACCGCCUCGCAAAUCGAAGCAGCGAAUCUCCAAGAAUUUGAACAGUAGCGCUGUUAGUAUGCUGGAAAACGUCGAUCGAAAGUCUUCAGCCGGCAGCGAUGGCAAGGAGAAGAUUGAAACGAUCACUUCGAGUGAAACGCUGAGUGAAAAGGUUUUCAUUAACAACAGUAUCAAUAGUGCCCAGAAAAUGGCCCAGCAGGUGAUGGCAAUGAAGAAGCAAAGCGCCGACGGUUUGAUGAUAUUACUGAGGGAGCUAGGACACGGCUAUCUACGGCUACAGAGUUACGAUUGUGAAAAAGCGAUCGAUCACUUCAGUAACGUUCCACCGCAUCACUACCGCAGCAGUUGGGUACAAAGUAUGAUCGCGCUGUCCCAUCACGAGAUGCGGGAAUACGAGGCGGCAGUUAAUAUUUUCCGAGAAAUACACGACCGCGAACCACACAGGUUGCAGUACAUGGAGAUUUACAGUACAGAUCUAUGGCAUUUGCAGAAGGAUGUGGUCUUGUCUGCGUUGGCACAGGACCUGAUGGCGCAAGAUAAGGGUUCCCCGGUAACGUGGUGUGUCGCUGGAAACUGUUUCUCCGCGCACAAGGAACACGAAACGGCGAUCAAAUUUUUCUUCCGUGCAAUACAGGUGGACGAGGACUUCCCUUACAGUUACACACUGUUAGGUCACGAGUUGGUAAUGACGGAAGAGCUCGAUAAGGCUCUGUCCAUGUACCGAUAUGCUGUCUUGCGUGAUUCGCGACACUACAACGCUUGGUUCGGCAUAGGUACUAUUUUCAGCAAGCAGGAACGGUACGAACUAGCGGAGCUGCAUUAUCGAAAAGCGCUAGCAAUUAAUCCGAAAAAUUCGGUAAUUAUGGUACACAUCGGAGCGAUGCAAUUCUUCCUAAGGAAAUCGGAACAAGCGCUACGUACGAUGAACGCAGCGAUUGCAUUGGAUCCGAAAAACCCGCUGUGCAAGUUCCAUCGUGGUUCGAUGUACUUCACGAUGGGUCGAUACCAGGAGGCGUUGAAGGAGUUGGAAGAACUGAAGCAGAUCGUGCCAAAGGAAGCCGUAGUGUAUUACGUGAUGGGUAAAAUCUAUAAGAAACUCGGCAACGUAGACCUAGCUCUAAUGCAUCUUAGUUGGGCGACGGAUUUGGGUUCGAAGGGGGCAAAUAAUCAGAUUAAGGAUAACUUUGAUUCCAUCAUGCGGACACAGGAUGGUGCUGCUUCCAGUGGACCCGGAUCGGAAGCGGGAGCAGCCGGCUCGAGUGGUGAAGGAACCGAUGGAGCAGGUGUCAGUAGUAGCGUCGGGGGAUUCGGUGGUUUGAACAAUGAAGCCGACAUAGGCAGCAGCAGUGUAGAUCCGGACUUUUUGGUCGGCGGAGAGCAGGCCUCUAGCGACGACUCGACUGCUAACGCACGAAAUGAAUCAAUCGAUGUCAUCAGUAGUAAUCUGUACGAUAGUGAUAGUUACUAGAGCAAAUUUGUUUACUUCUCCCUAGGAUUUUUUUUUCACUUCUGUCACUCCGGAAAAGCACAGUGUAUAAACCGCUUUUCCAACGCUUCCCUGGUCGUCCUUCUGUGCACACUUCGCUUCUUUUGGUUUAUCUUGGUUUAAGAGAUUGUUGUUUAAAAAAAUCUAUAGCUUCAAAAGGUUCAAAUUUUAUGUCGGUCUUGCUCUGUUACGAAAUAACAAAUGAGUAGUCGAAUUGUACUCCCGUGAAUCGUUUUAUUCCAACCAUUAUCACCCCCAUCCGAGUACCUUUGUUUAGCUCCUCAUAGAAAAGCAACAAAAAAAAAACGUCUACAAGUAGGUAGCACUGGACAUUUGAUAGUAAAAUAAUGGUUACAUUAUGAGAUACAAGAAAAAAAAAACACACAUACCGGAGUCAAAGCCAUUGUGAAAACAGAAAAAAAAUCUAUUACUGCUGCGAGUACGCGAAAAUAUAGUGGAACAAAUUGAACUUAAUUUAA